AUGAAGGACGCUGGCAAUGGAUCGUUUGUAUGCCCAAAUGAUCGUCAAUUACAGCUUCGAGCAAAACUUAAUUCCGGAUGGUCAUUUCAUACAGGCCGUACACCAGCACGAAGUGCUAGUGCAGCACCAUCAAAUCGCUUUGGUAGUGCUGCUGCUGCUGCAACAAAUGCUGUAACGACUGCUGCAACGAAUGGUAAUCAAUCAUUACGUGAUGAAGAGUUGGAAAGAAUUAAAAAAGUCCUUGAACGCGCUCAACGCAUCGAACUUAUUGAACAGGAACGAGUUGGUAAACUUAUCGACCGUCUUGAUAAUAUGAAAAAACAUGCUACGGGAAAUGGUUCAUCUAAGUGUGUUCUGUGUGCUGAUGGAUUUGGUAUGUUAGGUGCAUCAUCUGUUUGUUGCGUCGACUGUCAUAAAUCUGUAUGCAACAAAUGUUCUAUAGAAACUAUAUAUAAUCAACAAGUUAUAUCAUUGUGUAAAAUAUGCAGUGAAAACCGUGAAUUAUGGAAAAAAUCAGGUGCUUGGUUUUUUCGUGCCUUACCAACGCGUUCAACUUUACCUUCGAAUGUCAAACCGUCCUCAUCAGCUAUAUCAUCAGUCACUACCAAAAGUGAUAGUAUAUCCAUCGAUGAUGACUAUUCAAGUUCUGAGGAACGACAAAGUAACAAUAGUCAAUUUAAUCGACGACCUUCGCCUAGUAUAGCACCACCAAAUGAUCAUUAUACAACUGCAAAUUCAUAUCCACAAAAUUAUGAUAAUACACAUUCUAUGAUUGAAAAAGAUCGCGAUGAAAGUAUUGAUUCUUUUAAAACUGAUGAACCAAGCCUAAAAGAUUUUUCUAUUGAUGAAUAUAUUCCAAAAUCUCAAAUACGUUCAUCAUCACAACCACCAAUAGCAUCAUCAUCUUCUUCAUCGCCAUCACCUAUUCCAUCACUGAUAUCUAAUGCAACAUCAUCACCAACAACUAAUACGCGUCCGUUAACAUCAUUGCCUCUAAAUGCAUCAUCAUCAACAGAAGAUUGUGGAUUGGGUAUACUUGAUUUUGAUAUUGUUUGGAGAGAAGCAUUAAAUAUUUUAACAGUAACAUUAAUACGUGCUCGAAGUUUACGUGCAGCUGAUUUAAAUGGACUUUCAGAUCCUUAUGUUAAAUUACACAUUGUACCCGGCGUAGCAAAAGCAACGAAAUUACGUAGUCAUACUAUUCGUCGAACAUUAAACCCAGAUUUUGAUGAAACUCUUGUUUAUCACGGAAUAUCAUCCGAGGAUAUAAAAACUAAAUGGCUUAAAUUUACUGUUCUUGAUGAAGAUUCAGUUGGUGCAGAUCUUCUUGGUGAAUAUCGCUUAAAGUUAUCAAAAGUUAAACCUGAGCUUAAAGAAAUUUUUUCUGUUUAUUUACAAAAUAAAACUGAAGAUGUUGAGUUACCUUUGGAUGAGGAUAAGAAUGAACGUGGAAAAAUUCUUAUCAGCCUUUUAUAUUCGAAAAUGACAUCUAAUUUUCAUGUACGAAUUCUUCGUGGUAUACAAUUGUUACCAAUGGAUUUUGGUCAAACAUCAGAUCCAUAUUGUAAAUUAUUAUUAUAUCCUUCAACUGAUACAAAUUCAAAAUGGAGCUUCAAAACAACAGUGAAAAAACAUACAUUACAACCCGAUUUCAAUGAAGAAUUUGUUUUUCCGCAUAUACAAUUACAAGAAUUAAUUAGUAAAACUCUGCAAAUAGCAGUUUAUGAUAAAGACAUGGGAAAGAAAGAUGACUAUAUUGGUGGCUUUGAAUUAGGCCAAUCGUCAUCAGGUGAUGAAUUAAGGCAUUGGCUACUAAUGGUUAAAUCACCAGAGAAAUGGAUUGAAAUGUGGCAUAAAUUGAAGCCAGACCAGUAUAAUUCAUCGUAA